UGUAUACAUUUUCCAAAUAAAUUGAGGUGUGGUAUCAAUGAUAAGCGGUAUCUCGCACUUAGUGCAAGAUUAUGAUUAAUGUUUGGCAUAACAUUCAGUAAUAAUAUCACAGAACACCGUCAAAAGUCGAGAGUAAUGACCGGGUACACAUGGGUGGCUUCGUCCCAUGGACGAGCAGCUCCUCCUCGAGCAGUCCAGGCGGGACAAGAUGCGGACGGUAGUCUAAUAUAUGCAGGAAGAGCGUUUUUUCAUGGAGAUACGCUUCCGUGUAAAAUCGUUCCACAAAGAAGGGAGGCUUAUGUUUCACAUAAUGGCAGAGAACACAACGUAUCCAACUACGAGUAUUUAGUGGAACAGCACAUGCAAUGGGUUUCUUCAUCCGGAAGUUAUAUACCUCCUGGUGCCGUACCCGCUGGACACACCUCCAGUGGAGAAACACUGUAUCUCGGCAGAGUUCGUCAUGGAAAUAGUAUAACCGUUGGAAAGGUACAUCCAUCCCAUGGCUGUCUGUACAUCCCAUUUGGAGGCAAUGAAGUUAAUUAUAACAGUUACGAAAUUCUGGUUAUGCGGUAGUUUAGAUUGUGUCCUCAAGACGUACCUUCUCAAGGCCAAAGUUUCACUAGAUAAUCUGCAUUAUGUAAAUGAUAAACUGAUUAUUUACUUUUACCACCGGUUAUUAACCAAUUAAACUUAUAUUAUGAAAUGUG